UCUGUAGAUUGUCUUGCUCAUGUAUUAUGUUUCAUGCUUUCAGCCAAGAUGAAAUGGGCCACAGGACAAGAUAAAGCUCUGAAAAUCCGCUAAUAACCAUUGUAUGUCAAGGCGUCUAGGGGACUAGGCGACCAAAGGCUCUAUUGUUUUUCUUCCUUAAUUUCACUGAAAACAAGUGGAGGUUUUGGAACUCCAGCAUAGAUAUGGCAGAGGGUUUAGUAGCAGAUCAGGGGAUGAUUAUGGGUCCAGUUGUGGAGGAGUUCACCUAUGCUGCAAACUCGGUUCCUUUCAGUAGCUGUCAUGCCUCCACUAUUGUUGAGGUUGCGAAAGAUCAUUUCUUGGUUGCCUACUUUGGUGGUUCUAGAGAGAGAGCACCUGAUGUGAAAAUUUGGUUGCAGACUUACAAGGAUGGUUCAUGGCUUCCUCCUAUUGUGGUUGAUGAACAACCUAAUGUGCCAAUGUGGAAUCCAGUACUAUUCAAGCUUCCAUCAAAUGAAUUGCUACUCUUCUAUAAGAUUGGUCUGGAGGUAGAGAAAUGGAGCGGGUGUAUGAAGCGAUCAUUAGAUGGAGGUAUCACUUGGAUGGAAAGGGAACAACUUCCUCCUGGAAUAAUAGGACCAAGCAAGAAUAAGCCUAUCUUGUUGGCGGAUGGACGCUUGCUCUGUGGAUCUUCUGUGGAAAGUUGGAACUCUAGGGGUGCAUGGAUGGAGGUCACAGCAGAUGCAGGACAAUCAUGGAUGAAGUUUGGACCAAUAUCUAUAAAGAAUGAGUCUUACAGUGUAAGCCAACCAGUUCCCUACGUUACCGCAAAUGGGACAUUACGUGUUCUACUGCGAUCAUUUGAAGGAACAGGUAGAGUUUGUAUGUCAGAAUCCUGUGAUGGUGGUAUGACCUGGAGUAAUGCAAAGCCUACAGGACUUCCAAACCCAAAUUCAGGAAUUGAUGGGGUUAAAUUGAGCGAUGGCCGGCUAUUACUUGCGUACAACACGACAUCAAGAGGUAUUCUCAAAGUAUCUAUCUCUUCGGAUGAUGGAGACUCCUGGAAUGAGGUGGUAACAUUAGAGGAUAAUUUGGGAAUGGAAUUCUCUUAUCCUGCUGUAAUCCAAGCCAGUGAUGGACUAAUUCAUAUCACCUACACAUAUAAGAGGAGACAGAUUAAGCAUGUUGUUCUCAAUCCCAACUAAUUUGUAACAUCCUUGUUGCUGGAGCUUUAAAAGUGACAGUGCCUCUACCAAAGAUGAAGGCAGAAUGGAAAUCAGAUCCUGCAGUUCUCGAACGAUUUCCUGCGAACUUUACUACCGAGGCAUACUACCAUUUAAUGGGAGUCAACUCCAUUAAUAUAACUGAAUUGUAAUUGAAGUUAUUGUUCCCAUAACAUUGGUUUGGUAUUAUGUUUUCUGUUUCACUGAUCUGCUUUCAAAAUGAACAAAUUAAAGAUAGA